GUCUUAUCGAGUUUAUACCCCGCGAUGCAAUCUUUUUACUUGGAGCGCGUUUGCUUAAGCCUGUCUCUCAGAAACACGAAAGAAAUAGGUACCUUACAUUACAUUCUUUUAUAACAUACCUAGGGAGGGUAUCUACCUAACCUAAGAUAGCCAAUUUAUCGUUCUCUAGUAUAAAAUCUGCAAAAAACAAGCCAGCUAUUCUAAUCAUGGCUGAAGCGCGCAUUUCAGUACUCUGCAGUGGAAAUGGAACAAAUCUGCAGGCGCUCAUCGAUUCAUGCGCCUCUGACGCACCUGAUAGCAUACGAGGCAAGAUUGUAAAGGUGACAGUCAAUAGGAAAGGAGCAUAUGCGGUUACGCGGGCUGAAAAAGCUGGCAUCCCCACCGAUUAUUUCAACCUGGUCAAGGAUGGAUAUCACAAGCUUGGAGAAAAAGACGCUGCCGUACUUAAGGAAGCAAGACUAAAAUACGACGCCGACCUGGCACAGAGAAUACUGCGGGACAAGCCAGAUCUGAUUAUCCUGGCAGGCUGGAUGCACGUCCUGACGACGAAUUUCUUACGUCCCAUCGGCGAUGCUGGCGUGCCCGUUAUCAACCUACAUCCUGCUUUACCAGGAAAAUAUGACGGCGCAGGCGCAAUUGAAAGGGCGUACGAAGAUUUCAAGGCCGGAAAGCUCGAGGACAACACGACUGGCAUAAUGAUCCAUUAUGUUAUUGCUGAAGUUGACCGCGGCGAACCCAUUCUGGUCCAGAAGAUCAAGAUCGAAGAGGGAGAGAGCCUGGAAGAUCUAGAGCAGAAUAUCCAUGGAUACGAACACGAGUUAAUCGUGAAAGCCACCGCGCUGAUAGCAGAGAAAAUCUCUGCUGAGAAGGCAUCCAAGACAUAGGUGAGGAUGGCUUUGGCACAACUCCUGUUAAGAAGUCACACAAUCGGACUUUCUGGCUUUCUUUUUUUCGAAGAUACCUACCAAGUAUAUAAAAGC